GGGUCGACCCGAGGGGGUGGGCUCUCUGGUGGCGCGUGCCCUGCGCGCCCCCGCUGACCCCGCCCUCCGCGCUCGGCCGCUCCCGCCGCCGGUGCUGCCGCCCCGCCCCGCCGGGCUCGGUGCCCGGAUGUGGGGCCCUUCCGGGGGCCCGGCCCGCCCGCCGCCUCGCCCCGCCGGGCGCCUCGCCGCCGCGGCUGCCCAUGGAGGCCGAGGCCCAGGCGCGGCUCCUCUUGCAGGAGGCUCAGGAGAGCAUCGAGGCGGCGCGGAGCUACCGGCGGGAGCUGGAGCAGCGGCUGCGGGGGCUGCACCAGGCGCGGGAGCAGAUCAGAGAAAGUGCAACGUUGACCAGAGAUGUACUUGAGCAACACUUCAGUGAUUUAAAAGGGACCCUCAAGAAGCUGUUGGAUGAGCGACUGAUGUCGCUGCUGCAGGAGGUGGAUGCUAUAGAGCAAGAGAGCAUCAAGCCCUUGGAUGAAUGUCAGAAGCUGAUCGAGCACGGGGUCAGUACGGCCGACGAUCUGCUCCGGGAAGGAGAGAGUGCGGUCCACGGAGAUGUGGGGCAACAGAAUGAGAAGCUUUGCAGCUUUACAAACAAAGCUUUACAUAUUCAGCUGGACAGCUUACCAGAAGUGCCCUCCUUGGUUGACGUGCCUUGUCUAUCUGCCCAGCUGGACGACUGCCUUCUUACUAUAUUGAAAAAUCAAAUAUUCAGACACGGAACUGUGGCAUCUCGCCCACCUGUACAACUAGAGGAAUUUGUUGAGAAGCCUGGAGGCAUUUUAGUCCGAUGGUGUAAGGUGGACGAUGACUUCGUACCACAAGAUUACAGGCUGCAAUAUCGGAAGAGUUCUGCGAGUCACUUUGAGGAUGUCUAUGUCGGCUCGGAGACAGAGUUCAUCGUGCUGCAUAUCGAUCCCAACGUGGAUUACCAGUUCAGGGUCUGCGCCCGCGGGGACGGGCGGCAGGAGUGGAGCCCGUGGAGCGUCCCGCAGACCGGCCGCACCACGCUGGUCCCGCACGAAUGGACAGCUGGUUUGGAGGGUUACAGCUUGAGCAGUCGAAGAAACAUCGCGCUUCGGAAUGAUUCUCAGUCGUGCGGUGUGCUCUACUCCAAAGCUCCUACUUAUUUCUGUGGGCAAACAUUAACGUUCAGAAUUGAAACGGUGGGACAGCCGGACAGACGAGACAGCCUGGGAGUGUGUGUGGAGCAGCAGAACGGCUACGAUUCGCUGCAGCGGGAUAAAGCCGUGUGCAUCAGCACAAACGGGGCUGUAUUUGUAAAUGGAAAAGAGAUGACAAACCAGCUGCCGGCCGUUACUUCUGGAUCGACUGUGACGUUUGACAUGGAAGUUGUGCCCCUGGGGCCUUCCAGCAACGAGGGGGGGACCUCCAAGCUUAGAGUCACCAUCAGCUCCAACAACAGAGAGGUCGUCUUCGACUGGGUACUUGAUCAGUGCUGCGUCUCUUUGUAUUUUGGAUGUUCCUUUUCAUACCCAGGCUGGAAAGUUUUGGUGUUUUAGCAGCGAGUGAAGGGAUUGUUGUUCUUCCUGUAAAGUGUAAUGUUAAAACCUGUAUUUCCAGCUAUUUGAUAUCAGCCGUCUGUUAACAGAAACCUGUCUUUAUACUACUUGAACUCCACUAUAUUGUACUUCCUACUGGAUUCAUUUCAAAAAAUAAUGGUGAAACAUUGAAUUUGUUACUCUGGAAAAAGUUAGAAACAGGCAUUUGCGUGGGCCAAUUAAUUUAAACAGUCCAUAAGCCCUUUUCCUUUUUUCCUCCAGACUUGAUUUUUGUCAGUAUUUCAUUGUACUCUAGUCUCAGGGUACGCGUGUUGUGUAGAAUUAACGUUGCUUAAUGCUGCUGUUCUGUGAAAUAAGCCUGUGAGUGUUUUAGGCGGUGGAGGGGUGGUAAUGGACCAAAGUCAUAUUUAUACCACUCGUGAAAGAACAAAGUAUUGAGCACGGUGACGUCCUGCUCCGCUUCCCGGCGCUCGCGCUGCCCUCCCAGGGUGACCGGAUCGUGGGUUCCGCAUGCAGUGGCCCUGGUCGUUCCUCCCAAGUGGGGACGUCUGAGCCGUAACGUCUGUUUGAACACGUAGCCGCUCGGUUACUGUCUCAUUUACCCAAGUGCCUUAUUUCCAGGUGUUUCUUGAACUGUUUUCUGUGUUGUCACUUGGAAUCUAUUUUCUAGAGUAGCUGCGUGGCGAUGCCGACAUCAAGGUAAUGCAGACGCUUGCCGCAGACUAGAGCAACGCCCAGAGCAGGACAGUUCUCAUCUGCUCCGAUUGUCUGCUCUAAUUGCAAUUUACGGUGCAGCCGAUGUCAGGGGAGGUCUCAGCGAUUUAGUACGUGGGCACGAUACGCAGAUGGCAGCCGGGAUUCCUCAGAGAACCUUCUUUGCGUUGCCAGCGCAGGGGAGAUGACGGUUUAGGUCUCCAUGGAUGAGGAGGGGAUAAGAAACGAUGCUGAAUUAAUUCACUUUGAAUUCGGAAGUUACAUAAAGUUCCCAAUAUUUCCCCUAAGGAGUAACUGAGAUUUGGAAUGAGCUUAUCAAAGAGAGCCUGUUCCUGGUCAAGAGAUUGCAAUACUACUGGAUUUAAAGAAUACUUUAAAGUAAUGCUCACUGAGGGCCUUAAAAGGGACCUUCUUACCUCAAUUAAAAUGAAAUAUAUUUUAGCAUGUUAGAAUAGCAAUAUUUUUAUAAAAUCUAGACAAUCAUUCUGCCCUUUUUCCUUCAGUGUCAACAUGCUACAUUAGCCCUCUAUGCUGGCAUAAAAAGCUUCAUUUACGUUGGAUUAAUAUCCCCCGUACUCACAUUUUCAGUACAAAAAGAUUAACCAUCCUGCAUUUUUUUCCCCAAGGAGCUGUAGUAGAGGGGAGAACGGUGGUUGAUCUGUAUUCCAUUUACAAGGAAAAAAGUGAGUAGAUUGACAUGGAUGCAAAGAACUUGUGUGUGACAGAGGUUGGAAUUUACAGUAAGACACGAGGUGAGGAAGAGCGGACACCUGUGGGGAGGAUUAUCCAGUGUUAGCAACAAAACCCCUGCAGUAUUCUCAGUUUGUCAAGCUGCAGUAUGUCGCUGUUGGGGAGUGAGAGAAUACGAGCUUAUCCUGUGUGUUCUGCGUUCCUUUGAAUUAUUACGUGAAGAGUAUUUUCAGUGCUUUUUAAAUACGUGUUUUUCCUGUCGGCAAGAGGCGUCUCAGCCCCGUCCAGCGCUGGGACCAGCAGCCGACUCAGACUGGUAGUGCUGGCUUUACUCACGCACUCCAGGUGUCAGGUACUAGUUGUAACUCAGUACUUCUGCCAGAUGGAAACUCAAAUUGUGAGUAUCCGCACUCCCGAGGUACCAACAAUCAGGUACCUGUUCAUCCGUCUGUUGGUUCUACAGGAUAUUUACUUGCGUAGUAGAAAAUAAAGCUUAAGCCGUGAAUUCAGGUACUUGCAGUGAUGCCUCGACAUUGUUCAGAGAAUACAAAGGGUUUGUUCUGGCUUCAGCCUUUAGCUUAUUGAACAAGGGCGGUUUCCCAAUGGUGGGGUGGGUUUCUGGUGGUGUUUUGUUGCAGUUGCUUAUUUUUCUUAAGCUCAGCCUAAGCCCAGCUGUCCCUAUUACAGAUUCGGUACUGUCAGCCGCCUCUUAAACCUGGGAGGGGGGAAGAAUCUCAGGGCAAGAGACCGGAGUAAUAAAGGAACAAAGUAUGCAAAGAAUCACAAGAGGCUUGAAUUCAAAGGGUUGAAAUUCAGUUCUUCCACAGCAGAGAGAACUUCACACUUCAGAUUUUCACCUCUGGCUGUUGGAGCCUCACGACAGAGAACGUGUCCUCAAAGUGUUUUCUGAAGCUGGUGGAUUCAUUUACCUCAACUCAGACUUAUGUGUCAAGUGAAAUUUGAAUUUUUUUAAAAUAAAGUUUUAUCCCUCAACA